AUGCCGUCGAAUCUGCGGCGCUCCAUUCACAACCCCUCAGGCGAGAACGAGAAGAGCGGAAUGCGAAACCACAACCCCAGAUCGCGCCACAACGAAAACCUCAUGGAUGAGUUCAUGAACGUGCACGUGGCGCCGCGCCUCAAGCUGCCCAACACGUCGCGCUGGGUGGGCAUCAGCGACCGCGUGUUUUCCGCACUCUCCGAGGACUUCAUGAAGCCGGCCACCGUCGCCGUCGAGCAGCUGCUCAACGAAACCUCCGUGGAGGUGUCGGUCUUCAGCAGCCAGCUGGACUUGGUUGCGAACUCCCGCAGCACCUCGCAGUGGGUGGAAAGUCUCAAGUGGGCAGGCAUUCAGCACUGGCAGGACACGCCUCGCAAAGCCCUGCCGAUUUCCGGCAUGGUCGAAGGCGACCGGAAGAACUACGGCAACCUCGCCGUGUACUGGAUACGUCGAGUCGGGCAACUGCUUCCUGCGGAGAACCCUCGAGUUGGACGAGAGCUGUUACGUCGAGUGACGAACUUCGAUAUGCACGACAUCCUCGAUUACAUUUCCGAUAGGUCAUGA